AUGGGCGCCACGGCCUUCGACUUCGAGUACAAGAGGGACGCUUAUGGAUUCGCGGUGCGGCCACAGCAUGUGCAGCGUUUCCGCGAGUACGCCAAGAUUUACAAGGAAGAGGAGGAGGAGAGGGCGCACAGAUGGAGGGACUUCUUGGACAGGUUGGCUGAGUCAGCCAAUGUGCCCGGCACACCCAGCGUUUCACCAUAUGCAGCUGCCAGGGAUGGUGCCGCAGGAGCAGGACAGGCACAAGAGAAUAACAACAUCGGAAUACAUUGUGAUGAUGAUGAACAAGAGGAGGGAGCUGAGAAUGCAGAAGAUAACAAUAAAUUGGAAAACCCGAAGGAAGCUGAUACCAGUGGCGAAUCACGAGAAGCAAAUGGUAAGUCAGAAGAUCUGAAAGAUGUAACUGACAACUUGGAUGAAGUGAAAGAGGAGACUAGUAGUAGCUCUACGGAAGCAAUCAAAGCCUUAGAGGGCUUGAUGGAAGCAAAUGGGGACGUUGAAGAAUUAAAAGAUUUGAAUGGAAGCUCAGAAGAAUUGGAAGAAGAUAGUAAUGGCAACUUGGACAAGCUGGUAGAGCUCUUCUUGGAUAAGGGGUUGUUGGAUGAACUGAAGCCCAUAAAAGUUGAGUCCCGGUGGCGGGUACGGGCAGCGCUUAGCAUCAUUGACAAAAUGAUGAGCUCUCGGGUAGUGAAGGGUGGUAAUGGUGCAAAUGAUACUCAUGGAAAGGAUGGAGCACAGCUUGCUUCUAUUGAAGAGGAAGGAAGGACUGCAGAAGUGAGUCAUGACGGAGAUCCAGCUGAGGUUGAUGAGUCUUGUGUUGCAGAGAAGGUUGAACUUGGACAGGAAACACCUGAUGAUUCUACAGGUACUGCUUUGGAGGGAGGCAAUGAUGGGUCUUAUUUUCCUUGGAGGGAGGAGCUUGAGAGCUUGGUUCGUGGAGGCGUGCCAAUGGCUCUUAGAGGAGAGAUAUGGCAAGCAUUUGUGGGUGUCGGUGCUCGGAGGAUUACUGGGUACUACAACAAAUUGCUUGAUGACAGGACUGCGACAUUGGAUGAAAAGGACCUCGUGGACCCAGUGGUCAACGAACAGAGAAGUGCACCGAGAAAAGUUACACAGCCUGAGAAGUGGAAAGGACAGAUAGAGAAGGAUUUACCACGAACAUUUCCAGGACACCCUGCAUUAGAUGAGGAUGGGAGGAAUGCUUUGAGGCGGUUAUUAACCGCAUAUGCAAGGCAUAAUCCAUCAGUUGGGUACUGCCAGGCCAUGAACUUCUUUGCUGGGCUAUUUUUGCUUUUCAUGCCUGAAGAAAAUGCAUUUUGGGCUUUAGUUGGGGUUAUUGAUGAUUAUUUUGAUGGAUACUACACUGAAGAAAUGAUUGAAUCUCAGGUUGACCAACUCGUCCUUGAGGAGGUUGUACGAGAAAGGUUCCCUAAAUUGGCCAAACAUAUGGAUUUCUUGGGAGUUCAAGUGGGAUGGGUGACUGGACCAUGGUUUCUUUCAAUUUUCAUCAAUAUGCUUCCAUGGGAAAGUGUACUUCGCGUUUGGGAUGUCAUCCUUUUUGAAGGAAAUCGUACAAUGUUGUUCAGGACGACGCUUGCUUUGCUGGAUUUAUAUGGGCCUGCACUGGUGACCACAAAAGAUGCCGGAGAUGCAAUUACACUACUGCAGUCUCUUGCUGGAUCUACUUUUGACAGCAGCCAGCUUGUAUUGACAGCUUGUAUGGGCUUCCAAUCAGUUAGAGAAAUGGGAUUGAAAGAGUUCAGGAAAAAGCACAGGCCUGAAAUUUUAACUGCAAUGGAGGAAAGAUCGAAAGACCGUGGCUCCUGGAAAGAUAAGAAGGGGUUAGCAACCAAACUUUAUAGCUUUAAACAUGAUCCUUCAUUCAUGUGCUCACCAGUUAAGUCCAAGGAAGGGCUAGAUGGUUCAAAGGUGAAUGGAGAGACUGGGCCAGCAAAUCUUGAGACCUAUCUUAGUACUAGUUCUAUACUGGAUAAUGAUUUGGAUCAGGGUGUUGAUCUUCAAGAUCAGGUGUCAUGGCUAAAGAUUGAACUAUGCAAGCUGCUCGAGGAGAAAAGAUCAGCUGAUCUCAGGGGUGAGGAAUUGGAAACUGCUUUGAUGGAGAUGGUCGAGCAUGACAACAGACGUAUGUUGAGUGCUAAGGUUGAGAAGCUGGAAGCAGAGGUAUAUGAACUGCGAAAAGCUUUUUCAGACAAGCAAGAGCAAGAGCAAGUAAUGCUUCAGAUCUUGUUAAGAAUGGAGCAAGAACAGAAAGUGGCAGAAGAUGCCCGCAUAGCCGCUGAGCGAGAUGCUGCUGAACAAAAACAUGCUGCUCACUUGCUCCAGGAGAAGUAUGAAGCAGCAAUGGCAGCACUUUCACAAAUGGAGAAAAGAGCUGUAAUGGCAGAAACAAUGCUGGAAGCUACAAAGCAAUACCAGGCUGGGCAGGUUAAAGCCAACCAAUCUUUCACUUCAAGUUCACCUCGUGCGGACCAUGUUCUUGGGAAGAUAAAUCAAGAACCAAACCAAGAUGCACCUAACAGGAGAAUUGGCCUGCUUUCUAGGGGACUUGGAUGGCUUGACAAGAGCAAGGGAAGGCAGAAUUCCACUGAAACAUCUGGAGGCUAA